UUAAAAAAACUAAAAACCCUAACUACCAUUUUCAUCAUGAAACCAAUCAAACAGAGACGAAGAAUCUAGAAAAACGAAAGCAGACAACCUGAAAUGGACCGAAGCAAACCAAGAAGAAGAAAACCUACUAGAAAGUGAUUAAAUUAAGGAAUUGAUUGAUUGAUUGAGUGAGUGAUUGUCUGAUUAAGAGAAUGAGUCAACCACAGCAACCAACAGUGAUACUUGCAACAGCUGGUUAUGAUCAUACGAUUAGGUUUUGGGAAGCUGAUAGUGGCCGGUGUUAUCGAACUCUUCAAUACCCUGAUUCCCAAGUUAAUCGGCUUGAAAUAACUCCAGACAAGAAGUACCUAGCUGCAGCUGGAAAUCCUCAUAUUCGGUUAUUUGAUAUUAACUCAAGUAGCCCUCAGCCUGUGAUGACCUAUGAUUCACAUACUAAUAAUGUUACAGCAUUGGGCUUCCAGUGUGAUGGAAACUGGAUGUACACAGGUUCUGAAGAUGGCACUGUAAAGAUAUGGGACUUGAGGGCUCCUGGUUGCCAGAGGGAAUACGAAAGCCGUGCAGCAGUUAAUACUGUUAUCCUACACCCUAAUCAGACUGAACUAAUAUCUGGGGACCAGAACGGAAAUAUUCGUGUUUGGGACUUGACAGCAAAUUCAUGCAGUUGUGAGUUGGUGCCAGAGGUGGAUACGGCCGUACGAUCUCUCACAGUAAUGUGGGAUGGAAGCUUAGUUGUUGCUGCAAACAAUAAUGGAACUUGUUAUGUUUGGCGCUUGCAGCGUGGGACUCAGACUAUGACAAAUUUUGAGCCGCUUCAUAAACUACAAGCACAUGAUGGUUACAUCCUGAAGUGUUUGCUUUCACCUGAAUUUGGCGACCCCAAUAGAUAUAUGGCAACUGCAUCCUCAGACGGUACUGUGAAGAUAUGGAAUGUCGAUGAUUUCUCGUUGGAGAGAACGUUAGUGGGUCAUAAACGCUGGGUAUGGGACUGUGUUUUUUCCGUUGAGGGUGCAUAUCUAAUCACAGCUUCAUCGGAUACAACAGCAAGACUCUGGGGUGUGGGAACCGGUGAGUCCAUACAAGUAUAUCAAGGGCAUCACAAAGCAGUGGUCUGCUGCGCCUUACACGAUGGAGCAGAACCUUCUGCAACUUAAAUCUCUCUUAGCCUUAAUUGGUAAUGCGGUCUAUUCCCUAUGCAUCAUGAAUAUAUUGAAAAGUGGGAGCCUGUUUGAUUGCUUGCCUCUUGUAUUAUAAUUGUGGUGUUUUCCAACACAUAUUGAACAAGUUACUGCUACUGACACAUGUAAGUAUUUUAUCUAAUGCAUAGCUGACAGCUAAGAACUGCCGGCACCGGUGAAUAUGUUUAAGCUUUUCAAAGUAAAUAGUCUAUUGAGUCAUCUAAUUCUAUCUU